AUGCCUCCCGUGUCAUCCCCGCUCGCGAAUACCUUUCAUGUCCCACUUCAUCCAUUUGAACCCGGGCAAGUAGAGUCCAGUAGCGACACUCCUGAGGGAGGUGGAAGACACGGACGAAGACAUUCUCGAAUGCACUCCCGUAACCUAUCGAUAUUCUUUCCCCGUCCACACGCAACCAUCUCUGAAGAUCUCCCCUCAGACGUAGAAUCAGCUCCACUCUCCCCAAUUAACCAAUCCCAAUCCCAAAUAGAAUUCCCUGUACCCGCAUCUCAAAGCGAGCCUCUUCAAAUCGGGCAUGACCGCACGGCUUCCUUCUCAUUCGGCUCCUCGGGCACAUUUCCCAAGUCAAAUUCGACAGGGGCCAUCCCAGCUGGCGUGACAGCACGUAGAGGACACCACCAUAAGCAUUCCCUUUCUCAUAACUUCUUCUCUUUCCUUGACCCUGCCCGUCCUUCCCAACCUGAACCAAAACCUGAGGAACUGCAUACGGCACCUACCCCAGCCCCGAUGUCCCCAUGGAGUCCAGUGAGCAACGUCCAAGGCGGUGAUAGUGCAAGCUCCAGCAACGCCGAUCUCACUAUGGGCACUAUAUCUCGCUCCAAUUCUUCAUCUCCGGCACCGUCUACCUUGCCUUAUACCCACUUCUCUUGGAAUCUUAGCAAAGACGGUCUUUUGGCGCGAGUGGCAUGUGUGCUGCAGUUCUGCUUGGGCGCAUUGGUAUGGGCACGUGGUCAGGCGAUCGGGUCCUUGGCGUGUACCGGCCUAGGGUAUUGGGUUGUAUUUGACGCGUUUGGAAUCGCAGUGGGCGGACCCCUUCUUGGGAAGGGCAAGGGUGGUUUCGGCCAAGCACGCACACAAACAACCCUCCUCUUCGCCCAAUGCGUCUACCUCAUGUUCGCAGGCGUAGACAAGGGCACGCUCACGGACAUUCUCAUUCACCAUCUUCUCCUUCCCCUGCAUCUCCCUUCCCCCGUAUCGGCUUUGGCUCUGAAUGUAUCAGCCGGCAUCACGAGAGGUCUGGGUGUGCAUGGCGCAAGCGAGAUGGGGAGUGAUGGGCAUCAUCAUCAUUUUGGUGAUGAGAGACCUGAGACGUUGGGACUCCGAUACCCGCUCGGCCUGAUUAUACUCAUCCUCUUCUCGCUCCUCGCAACUUCCAUCGUGUUCGAGCAGCAUGACGUGUUAGUUAGAGCAAGAGGACAAGCGUCUUGGGAGAGGGUAUUGAGGAACCCCUAUGCUCUUCCUCCGAUUGUGUUUUGUCUUGCGAUUUUGGGGGGUGAGAUGGUGUUGAAUGUCGCACACUACACCCCCUUCGACCUCUUGUUAGCAACUCUCCAAGUCAUCAUUACUACCCACGUUGCAUAUUCAGCGUGUGUCGUCCUAGGCGGCGUGUUAUUGCAGACUGCACCUGCUGCGUCGUUCUCGAUGAGCGGCGGCGUCAGCGGCAUGGGCAACGGCGGCAUGAGCGGUAUAGCAUCAACCGGACUAGAAGCAAAAAUGGAAGCCUUCUGGCGUGUCGUCCGCGAAAUCGAGAGACACGAACACAUCACGAGUCUUCCUGCUCCGCAUGUGUGGCAGGUGUGUCCGCCUGGACAAUCCCAAUCAAAACCGUCGUUCCCUUUUGGGCAGGGAGUUGCGUCAAGGGCUCGGGCUCGAGUUCGGUCUGCGCUUUCCCCUUUACCUUCUGAUGCUUUGUUCUCGUUUUUCGGCGCUGCGAGAGAGAUGGAUUCCUUCAAAUCCAGUGUGGCAAAAGCACCAGACGCAUCCAAAUCACCACAGCUGAUAAUCACGCUCUCACCACAUGUUCCGUCUUCGUUGCGCGAUGAGGAGGUGUUGAAGUUUACGCGGUGGGCUUGUGAGAGGGUUAGGGGGGCGUUUGUGGGUGAUGGAACGAGGGGGCUUGGGCUUGGGGUGGAGGUGGAGGUUUGCGUGGGUGUUCUUAGGGGGUAG